GUUCAGCCUACAGUUAAACUGCUAUCCUAAACAAUGAAAGCCACUAGGUUUUAUAGAGGAGGAUUGUUUUGGGAAGGUGCUCGGGCAUGGCGAAUUCGAAAUCGAACCUUCCCAACAGAUUGCGAUGCCAUCACUGUGCAGGUCCUCUUUCUAAGGAGAUGGAAACUAGCGAUUGGACUGUUCCACCUCUAAUCAGAGAUAGCUUUUCCAUGAUUGGUUCUGCUGUUGGUGGUACGGCAAGCGCAUUCUAUGGAUUCAACCAUGUGAUUCCGGUUGUUCGAAAGUGGGUAAAAGGACCAAUGUGGCUGCAUUUUCUUAUUGGUGCACCACCUGUAAUAGUAUUCUCUUCAGCCUGUGCUGGUUUAAUAGGUGGUGCCGUUCCAGCACUAGCCCAGCUUGCUUCAUCUUCUUACCAUGCGUCGGUGUCGUCUCCUUCACGACCUCCUCCACAAGAUCAGAAGAUGCAUAGCUCCAGAAGUUCCUCUACUUUGUGAGAGAGACACAACACAACACAACACAUAUAAAUGCGGUAGUGUGAAUAGACAGAUUUAGUUUUAGAUAUGCUUGCUAGUGUGUGCUCACUCCUGACAGAAGGCUUUGUAAUCCUGAUUUUUUGUUAUUUUUUUAUUAGUGUUUUCCAAAUAAAACCUAAGGUGUUUAGUA